AUGACACAGUUUCUCACGGGACAUGGCUGCUUUCAGACCUACCUCUUGCCCAGAUCCACUCGGGUUGAAAGCUCAGAAUGUCUGUCUUGCGGUGACCCUGAAGACGACGCUGAACAUACGUUUUUUAGAUGCGGGAGAUGGGCUGGAAAACUCAGAGAACUGGAAGCCACAGUAGGAGAGGAUGUCACGCCAGAGACUGUMAUUUCCAUCAUGCUAAGCAGUCGAGGGAAAUGGGCUGCAGUCGAUCGGUACGUYAAGGAAAUAAUGAUUACCAAGCAGGAAGAGGAAUUCCAAAGGCACACCAACGCAGUAUAG